AUCCGGAAGCGGAGCGGAAUCCUCUUUCCGUCCGUGUUUUUCCCUUAUAUGGGAGCUACUGCUACCGUUUUUGUACUUUUAUUUGUUGUUGCGCAUAGCUGUCAUACUUUUUUUCUUAGGAAAAUGCUCGUGCUCUCUGCCACCGCGAUCGUCGUUCGCUCUCCCUGAGUUUCACGUAUCAGCGCCGUCACACCCGUGCGUCGGAGACGGUCGCUAUCGCUAAAAAAAUAACAAAUUGAUCCGUCUAGCUGCAAUCCGCCGGGAAGAAAGGCUCCGCGCACACCUGCGAGCUUCUUCACUUGACGCUGCGACGGCCGAGCGAGCGACAUUUCUCUGUGUGGAAAACAGAGCCAUCUCGUUUCUUCGACAAGAUUUUGCAAAGGACAUUCCAGAGCUCUCGAAGGCAGCGCCCGUCGUCUCGGCAGCUGCUCGCUUGAACGAACAAAGCUAGGGUUUUUGGGACAGGAAGGAUUUGGAACACGAGUCUGCCGAGGUCACAGCAGGGAACCAUGGCAGCCCACCCCGACUCCGUCAUCCAGGAGUUGAGUAGGCUGCACAUCAGCCACAUGACACCUCAGCAGUACUCGCCGCUCAGGGGCAAGAAGAUAGCACCAGUGGUUCCACCCAAGCCCAAGAAAGUCACUCCCACACAAGGACUCCACGGAAAUUCACAUGUGCCCGACGCAACAUAUGCCAACUUGUCGGCGCCACCUCCUGUGAUGCCCUGCAAGGCAGAGCCACAGGCGAGCCCAGCCACAGCGUUCGAGAGGCAUGCCGUCGUAUCCGCCGCUGCACUGGACUCGACAGACCCGCUGCCUCCACCUCCUCCUCCGCCGACGCUCGGCCGAAUUCCAUCGUACUCGGCGUCGCAGCAGCAGCAGACUUGCCGUUCUGCCUCGUACUCCGAGGACCUGCCUCCACCGUCUCCGCCACGGUCACCCGACAGCCUGGCAUACGGCACGGCCCAGUCCUCGUCGGCUUCUUUCCACCACUUCAGGCCACAGUCGUCAGCGAGCACGUACGACUCGGGCUCCAUCUACGAGCCCAUUGUUCCGCGUCCUCCCAGCCAAAUGUCUGGUUACAGCAGCACAGGCUCAUCCCUCUAUUCGUCCUACUACCCGGGCCGUAUGGGCACCGGCCACAAGUCUGGACACCAACGCGGGGGCCAGGAGGCCGAGGUGGACCACCUCACCGACUUGCUGGUGCAGAGCAUGGAGAGCUCGGGCGAUCCGGAUUUCUUCGAGGAUGAUGACGAACCACCAGUCAUUGGCAUGUGUUACAAAUGUGGAGAAAAAGUGCUUGGAGAAGGCAGUGGCUGCACUGCCAUGGACCAGGUCUAUCACAUCAAGUGCUUCACCUGCCAUGUGUGCAUGAAAGAACUGAGAGGAAAGCCCUUCUUUGCUAUGGAGGGGAAGCCAUACUGUGAAGAUGACUACUUGAACACAUUGGAGAAGUGUUGCGUAUGUGAGAAGCCCAUCCUGGACAGGAUCCUGCGCGCCACUGGCAAGCCCUACCAUCCGGCCUGCUUCAGAUGUGUCGUGUGCGGCCAGUGCCUGGACGGCAUUCCCUUCACCGUUGACGCCACCAGUCGGGUCCACUGCAUCGACGACUUCCAUAAGAAGUUUGCCCCCCGCUGUUGCGUGUGCUCUCAGCCAAUUAUGCCCGAGCCGGGCAAAGAAGAAACGGUGAGAGUCGUUGCCCUGGAUCGGAGCUUCCACAUCAACUGCUACAGAUGUGAGGACUGCGGACUGCUGCUUUCGUCCGAAGCAGAAGGCCGGGGCUGCUACCCGCUGGACGACCACAUCCUGUGCAGGAGUUGCAAUGCGCGCCGCGUGCAGACUCUCACCUCCAGGAUGGUCUCCGAGCUCUGAGGUUCCCGCGACUUGCACCUCACCGCUCAACAUUGUGAUAAUUUUACGGCCGAAAGGGCUGUGCAGUAGCACCAGCAGUUAACGAUGGCCAUUUUUAGUCACAGAACCUGAGUAGCCUGCCCGCAGUUAUUUGUCGGGCGAGCGUUUAAGAGUGUAGCUUCGUGUACUACACACCAUUCCACAUAGGUGGCUCUCGAUAGCGUGCGUUGCAGGCUCGCAUCUGUGAGGCUUCUCUUUCUCGUUACCCGUCGCAGUGGCUCAAUGAUUGUGGCGUUCUGGUGCCAAGCUUGAGGUCACGGGUUUCGAUUUCCAGCCGUGGCGACCACAUUGCAAUGGGGGCGGAAUGCAAGAAAUCCUCGCGUACUUAGACUUUUAAGUGCACAUUAACUUAAUCUGGGGUUUCUGUUUAUGGCAUCCCUCAUUGGAACGUAAAGUGCCAAGAAUCAGUCUCUUUACUAUUAGUUAGGAAUUAAAGGAAUUGACCAGAAGGCAAUUGCCAUUCUUUUUUUUUUUUUUUUACUGACUAGACCUACCUAAAACUCGUAGUAAAUUUUGCACAUCACAACUACUACCAGCAUUAGGAAAUCUCUGCGAACACAGGAGAAAUACUUUUUGGAGUGUUGAAAGAGUUUGUACAUAUUGAGACUUGCAAGAAAUUUUAUUGUGUCAAAAAAAGUAUAAUUGACAACGAGCUUGUGAGUGAGCUUUGCUGCGUAUCAUGGUGCUGCCACAUCUACAGCACGAAAAGCCUGAAGAAUUUAAAUAUUCACAUUUUGUAAUUGCAAAUGUAAGAGACUUGUGGCAAAAGUUCUUACCAUUUUAUUAUCCAGAGAGCUGUUCCUCUCGAGUACUAUGUAUGCACUGGUUUGUGAGCUUACCAGCAGUGUCCGAUUCAAGCUCUGCUCACGUUUAUGAAGAUAUUUGUGUCGUGCAAAGCAAUGCAGACUAGCCGAGGAUGCAAGCAGUUUGUGCAUUGGGCUAUGGAGUCUGAUAAUUGUAAAGAUUGAGAUAUGCACAAUUUUUGCCCUGUGCUAGUACUCAUUGUUGCUAAAGAAUGUAAAUAAUAUCAUAGAAGUGCUGUGCCAUGUACUCAAAUUUUGAAGGUCAAUAAAGAACAGUACCCAUGUC